UCUUUGUCCUCAGCACGUGAGCCCCGAGUUCGAGAGGAUGGUGAAGGAGGUGUCCUUCGUCCACAGCCGGUCGGCAGAGGCAGCCAGUGACGAGGACAACCGGCACCUACAGAGGCUCAGAGCAAACGACCUCAGUUAUAAAGAUUUACCUCAAGGCCCAGCCAAGCUUCACCAAGUUACCAGCUUCCACAGCAGUGGUUUGCCGUCCCCGGUGCCCUCAACUUCCAUUUCGUCGAGCAGUCCUCAGCAUCCAGCUCAUGCGCCGUUCAUGCUGAUGGUCACCUCACCGCAUGUGCCCCAUGGCCACGCACUAGCAACAGCUGCCAAAGACACAAGGUUUUCCUGUCAUCAAGUACAGAGCUCCAGCGUUCAAAGCAAAGGUCACGUCCACACCAACUGUAUGUCCUGUGAGCCGUUACGAAUGUUGCCUCAGGACGCACAGGAAUCUGGCUCCAGAUCUUGCCUGCAAGAAAGAGGGACGCCUCCUUGUCCUCAUCACUCCAGAGAAAAUGAAGUGGAAAUGUUUAAUUCCUUAGCAAAAUCAUUUCAAAGCAGUACCUCUCAGUCUUCCCUCGAAAGUGACUCUUCGCCUCCAACCGUCUCGAACUUCGUACCCUCACUCUCCUCUUCCCCGCACUCAUCCCUAUUUUACGCCACCUCGACGUCAGAUACUUCUCGCUCGGUUUACUCAUCUUCCUCUGGCGUUCAGUUGUCUGCUUCACGGUCCUUCAUGUCGGGCAGCACCGCUGUCGAGUCCUCCAGCACACCCCUACGCCUCCCUCCUCCCUCUUAG